UCUGCAGCUGGCUGAGCGGCCUCGCUCUCCUGGCGCUUUUCCUGCUGGGCAUCUUGGCGGGCUGGUGUAUGAAACGAAGUAGUCAGUCCACCAGCCCAACUGAGGUAUUUCAAAAUGUGAGAAGGCACCUUUUAGCAGAAAUGAAAGAAGAAAACAUUCGGGAGUUUCUCCGCUCUUUUACCAAGCUCCCACAUGUGGCCGGGACAGAACAGAAUUUUCACCUGGCGAGACAGAUACAAUCCCAGUGGAAGGAAUUUGGCUUGGAUACAGCCGAGCUGGUGCAUUAUGACGUCCUCCUCUCCUACCCGAAGCAAAGCACCCCCAACUAUGUUGCUAUUACUGAUGAACAUGGAAACGAGGUUUUCAAUACAUCGUUGUACGAGCAGCCUCCUCCCGGGUAUGAGAAUGUCACGGGAGUGCUGCCACCCUAUAAUGCUUUUUCAGCACAAGGAACACCAGUGGCAGAUCUGGUGUAUGUAAACUAUGGGCGCACUGAAGACUUUUUCAAACUGGAAAGGGAGAUGGGAAUUAACUGUACAGGAAAGAUUGUCAUUGCCCGAUAUGGGAAAAUAUUCAGAGGAAACAAAGUGAAAAACAGCAUGUUAGCUGGAGCGAAAGGGAUUAUCCUGUAUUCAGACCCUGCGGAUUACUGUGCACCCGGAGUCCAUCCCUAUCCAGAUGGAUGGAAUCUUCCUGGAGGAGGGGCUCAGCGAGGGAACGUGCUACAUCUCAAUGGUGCAGGAGACCCACUUACUCCUGGGUAUCCUGCCAAAGAAUACACCUUCAGGUAUAAGGUGGACGAUGGUGUAGGUCUUCCCCAAAUCCCAGUUCAUCCCAUUGGUUACCACGAUGCAGAAAUACUCUUACGGUACAUGGGAGGCCCUGCGGCUCCCGGUGAAGCGUGGAAGGGAAAACUCAAUGUGCCCUAUAAUAUUGGGCCCGGAUUUUCAGGCAUGAACUCCACAAGAAAGGUCCGAAUGCACGUGCACACAGUCAACCAGGUGACCCGAAUAUACAACGUUAUCGGGACUAUCAAGGGUGCAGUGGAACCAGAUAGGUAUGUUAUCUUUGGAGGCCACAGAGACUCCUGGGUGUUUGGUGGCAUUGACCCAACUACAGGGGCAGCUGUCCUUCAAGAGGUUGCUCGGAGUUUCGGCAGGAUGGUGACGGAAGGUUGGAGGCCUAGAAGAACCAUCGUUUUUGCCAGCUGGGAUGCUGAGGAAUUUGGGUUAUUAGGUUCCACAGAGUGGGCAGAGCAAAAUUGCCCAUUAGCUCGGAAAGAAAGCAACUCCUGUCUACGGUUUGAUUUUUCAGGCAACUACACAUUAAGAGUUGACUGCUCACCCCUUCUCAAUCAGUUGGUAUAUAAUCUGACAAAACAGAUCACAAGUCCUGAUGAAGGAUAUGAAGGCAGAUCUCUCUAUGAGAGCUGGUUUGCAAAGGAUCCUUCCCCAGAACAUGAGAACCUUCCCAGGAUAAACAAACUGGGCUCAGGCAGUGAUUUUGAAGCUUAUUUCCAGCGGCUGGGAAUUGUUUCGGGCAGAGCGCGGUAUACUAAGAAUAGGAAAGUGGACAAAUUCAGCAACUAUCCUGUUUACCACACCAUAUAUGAGACCUUUGAGCUGGUCGAGCGCUUUUACGACCCCACCUUCAAGAAGCAGCUUGCGGUGGCUCAGCUACGGGCAGGGUUGGUCUAUGAACUUGCCAGUUCCCUCGUCCUUCCUCUUCAUUGCCAGGAUUAUGCGGAAGCGCUAAGAAUUUAUGCAAAUGGAAUCUAUGAUUUGGCCCAAAAACACAAAACACAACUUGAGAUGUACGGAGUCUCAUUUGAUUCCCUCUUUUCUGCGGUGACGAAUUUCACAAAAGAAGCAGCAGACUUUCACCACAGACUGGCACAGCUUGAUCCGAAUGAUUCCAUGGCCCUGCGGCGCACGAAUGAUCAGCUGAUGCUUCUAGAGAGAGCCUUUAUUGAUCCUCUUGGUCUACCAGGCAGGCCCUUUUACAGACACAUCAUCUUUGCCCCAAGCCGUCACAACAAGUAUGCCGGAGUCUCCUUCCCUGGGAUCUACGAUGCCUUGUUUGACAUUGACAACAAAAGAGAUCAACACAAAGCUUGGGAGGAAGUCAAGAGGCAGAUCUCCAUUGCUGCUUUCACAGUGCAGGCUGCUGCAGGAACGCUGAAAGAUGUGAUCUAGGGCAAUGACACCACAUUGCCGACGGCAAUGAGCACCCUCCAAGCAGAUGGAAUUUCCAACAGUAGUAGUGCCAGGAUGAUGUGGUUUUCUGUGCCAGAGAUGGCGACUAUGUGUCCCUGUAAGAUACUGCCAGACUGAAAACUGCCAGUUUCCCUUUACUUUGGCUGCUAUUGAUACGGACUGAAAUACGACAUCUGGAGACUCAUAUAUUCCUUCUUUUUCGUAUGUGUUUUCAGGAGAGGUGAGCAGAAAGACCCAUCUACAGUAUGUUUAAGUAGAAGGAAGAUGGAAGGGCAGCAUCCCCUCUUUCUCCUUCUUUUCAGUUUCAGUGGUCACAGUUGCUCAUCAAAAUGACUUAAACAUUUUCUGCUCCUGGGACUGUCUGCAAGCUUUACAGACUUCCCAAAUGUGAAAGUGUUCAAAUAUGGAUAUUUUAGGCUGUCAACAAACAUGAUAUCCAUUGUGUUGUAAUGGAUAGUGAAACAGACUAGACUCAGGCAACCUCUGCUCAGCCAUGGAAAUUCACUGGGAUGUGUGUGUGGAACUGGUAAAGCCACUCCUGAGAUACAUUGUUUACUUUGAAAGUCCUCUUAGGGUUUCUAUAAGUUGGUUCUGACUUGAUGGUACGUAAUAAAAACUAUUCAGGGA